GCUUACCAAGUCACGUGAAACCGUGUUCUUACUGAAUAUCAGUCAUAAACAAAUUCACGCGUCAAGCUCUUUUUGAAACCUCGUCUCACUUUUCAUCUCUGCAUUUCCAUAUCUGCCUUGAUUCCAUCACUUACUCAAAGAACCUCUAUCAUAGAAGCAGAGCCUGCGGCUCGCAGAGGAAUCCUAGAUAUCAAGUUCGCCACGUUCAACUGCCCCGUGUCAUCUCUAAGCCAUCUCCACCUCCACCAUGACGCAGGGCAAAAGAAAAGCAGUGGAGACAAUUGAUCUUACUGGCGACGACGACCUCCCAGCAUCUCAUAGAGCAAAGGUUCCAAAAUCGGCCCCAUCAUUCUCUUCCCAGAAGAACCGUGGACAUCUUCCCACCCCACCAUCAUCCAGCCAACCAGGCUACGGUGGAAGCCAAAGUCACAACAACUAUCCUUCUUUUUCCAGCUCGCAAACACACAGUCAGCAAGACCGAAACAGCUGGCUUUCCACCCAGGAACAAGAAGCUGACAUCGCCCGAGAAAUUGAUCUGACUGAAGACUUUGAUGACGACGUUUAUGAAAACUAUCGUCUUUAUGGGAUCUACGACACCAAGAUCGUCGGCUGCAGAUUCUACGAUGGCCAAGCAACCGUGGGAGAGUACGUCAAGGUCCGCCGGGAACCAAGCAAUCCGUACGACAGCAAUGCUAUCAGAAUCGACAACGUCCUGCGUGAUCAAAUCGGACAUCUUUCCAGACAGGUGGCUGCUAAGCUCGCUCCGCUAAUCGAUUCAGGCCAACUGCUCGUGGAAGGCGCCUUGACUGGGCCAAAGUCGUACUACGAAUGUCCCAUUGGGCUCAAAAUAUUUGGCACCAGUGAUCCCGUUGCAGGCGCAGCGCUUGCUCAAAAGAUGAAAGAACUGAGAUUGCCGGUCAGAGAGUACAACCAGUCCAAGAAACAGCUACAAGAGUUGGAGAAAGAGAGAAAGGCCAGAGAGAAAGCUGCCGCUGCUAUGGCUAAGAAAGGCAAUGCUGUCAUCGACAAUGAAGGUUCCAAUAGGUACAGCAACCUCAAUAGCGCGUCCAUGAGCAGCAGUCAGACGCAAGAGAGCUUGGACCAAGUUCUUACUGGGACGACUACUUUCAAUCCCCGAGAUGUUCAGGAUGUUGUCAACAAAAUAGGCGCAAGCGAAGAGGUGCUCGAGAAGCUGCCCGUAGCCGCGCAGCCCGGUGCGCUUGCGACAAUCUUGCUGCCAUAUCAGAGACAAGGCCUGCAGUGGAUGCUGGAUCACGAGUCGCCUCAAUUGCCGCAGAAUAAGGAUGAUGUCGUCCAGUUGUGGAAAAAGGCAGGGAAACUCUAUACCAACAUCGCCACAAACUUCUCUUUCAGCAAGGCUCCAGAGCUUGCCAGUGGUGGCAUCCUAGCUGAUGAUAUGGGUCUAGGCAAAACUAUUCAGGUCAUUUCUCUCAUCAUGGCAGACCCGCACAAGGACGGACAGCCAACACUAAUCGUCGCCCCGUUGAGCGUCAUGAGCAACUGGAGCCAGCAGGCAUCUCAUCAUGUCAAGGAAAAGUUCGCGCCACGAGUGUUGACAUACCACGGCCAAGGAAACAAGGAUCUGUCACCAGAGCAAUUCAAGGAGUACGAUAUUGUGAUCACCACCUAUCAGACCAUGACGCAGGAGCUGUUUGGCUUCGGCGGAGACAAAGCUAAGAAAAUCCCUACUGCCAAAGGAUUGUUUUCCAUGACAUGGCGCCGCGUUGUGCUGGACGAGGGACACCAGAUUCGCAAUCCCAAAGCCAAAAUGUCUCAAGCUGCAUGUACACUCAUGGCGCAAUCUCGAUGGGUCCUUACCGGCACACCUAUUGUCAACAACCUCAAGGACCUGUACUCGCAUGUGAAGUUCCUGCGUCUGUCAGGAGGAUUAGCAGAAUUUGAAAUCUUCAACUCCACCCUGAUUCGACCGCUUAAAACCGGCAAUGAUGGGGCACGUUUGCUGCUACAGGCACUUAUGUCGACUUUAUGCCUUCGCCGCAUGAAAGAUAUGAAGUUCAUUGAUCUCAAGCUUCCGGAGAUCACAUUCCACAAAUACGCGGUCAAAUUUCUGCCUCACGAGCAGGAGAGGUACGAUGCUUUCAGAAGUGAGGCCAAAGGUCUGCUUGAAGCUGCCAAGGCCAAGAAGGGAGACACGAACAUGACUCACUUGCUUGAGGUGCUGCUGAGAUUGCGUCAGACUUGCAACCACUGGAAGAUGUGUGGUGACGAACGUAUCAAGAGGUUGCUGGAGCUUGUGGAAGGCAACGCCGUCGUUGAUGUGGGGAACGCUGCCAACCGGAAAGCUUUGCAGGACUUGUUGCAGCUAGCAAUCGACUCCCAGGAAGACUGCCCUGUCUGCCUCGACUCGCUCAAGAGCCCUGUCAUCACUGGUUGUGCACAUACUUUCUGUCGAGGAUGCAUCGAAAGAGUUAUUGAAACUCAGCACAAGUGUCCGAUGUGUCGAGCCGAGCUUCUUGACAAGGAGAAAUUGGUCGAACCAGCCGCAGGCAUCGGAGAGGGUGACGAGCCUGACCUCGACAUUGACCCGGAGAACACAAGCAGCAAGAUCGAGGCACUUAUCAAGGUGCUCAAAGCGUCUGAGAAGGAUCGCAAUGUCAAGACUGUUGUGUUUUCGCAGUGGACUUCAUUCUUGGAUCUAGUACAGGCCCAGCUCGAACGCAAUGGGCUAAAUUUUACGCGGCUGGACGGUAAAAUGAAUUCCACCCGUCGUGACGCGGCGAUCGAUGCGCUCAACACGGACCCUUCGUGCAAAAUCAUGCUGGCGUCACUUUCGGUCUGCUCGGUCGGACUCAACUUAGUCGCUGCCAACCAGGUCAUAUUGGCCGACUCCUGGUGGGCACCGGCAAUUGAGGACCAGGCCGUUGAUCGCGUCCAUCGACUCGGACAGACCAGAGACUGUAAGGUUGUGCGUCUGAUCGUCGAAGGAACCAUUGAAGAUGAGGUCCUCGAGAUCCAAGCCAAGAAGAGACAGCUGGCCAGUGAGGCGUUUGGAGAGAAGGACGGAGGAAAGAAGCGGAAAGAACAGCGUGCAGGCACCUUGAGAGAUAUCGAAAGAAUGUUGGGAUGAAGUUCACCGAUGACUUUCUUGAAACUGUUUGUGCGGAGAUACCCUGUUCCAACAUGUGCUGAUUCUAAGAGUGGCGCAAAUCUUCUAUUGUAAACAGCUUGGAAAUAGAAGGAAUUGGCUUUGUACAGACUAGA